GAAGACUCUUUCUUACAUAAUUUUUCUUCUUAAAGAAAUCGCAUUUCCCUGGAUCCUUUCACCUUUAUUCCUUCCACCGCACCCUUCUCUCUCUCGAGUCUCUCUCCUCUUUUCUUAACUGCGACGCUUUGGAGCUCGCAAUAAUCGGGAAAUGUCGGAUGCUGCAAAAGGAGAAGAAUUCGAGAAAAAAGCUGAGAAGAAACUCCAUGGCUGGAACCUCUUCGGUGGUUCCAAAUACGAAGACGCCGCAGAAUUGUACGAGAAAGCUGCUUCUUCAUACAAACUUGCUAAAUCAUGGGAUAAAGGUGGAUCUGCCUACAUCAAAGUAGCUGAUUGUCAUUUGAAGUCGGAAAGCAAGCAUGAAGCUGCUUCAAGCUAUGUCGAUGCUGCAAAAUGUUACAAUAAAACCUCUCCGAAAGAGGCUAUUUCAUGCCUGACUAAGGCUGUCAAUCUUUUCAAGGAAAUUGGCAGGUUUAACAUUGCUGCUAGACAUUGCAAGGAGAUUGGAGAGCUCUAUGAGCAAGAGCAGGACUUUGAGCAGGCUAUUGUUUUCUAUGAGCAAGCUGCUGAUCUGUUUGAAAGUGAAGAAUCAACAACAGCUGCCAACCAGUGCAAACAGAAAAUUGCACAAUUUGCUGCGCAGAUGGAACAAUAUCAGAAGGCAAUAGUGAUUUAUGAAGAUAUAGCACGCCAGUCAUUGAACAACAAUCUUUUGAAGUACAGUGUUAAGGGGUAUCUCCUCAAUGCUGGCAUUUGCCAACUCUGUAAAGGUGAUCUUGUUGCCAUAAACAAUGCAUUGGAACGAUAUCAGGAAUUGGACCCUACUUUUCCAGGAACACGGGAAUACAAGUUAUUAGCUGAUCUUGCUGCUGCAAUUGAUGAAGAAGAUGUAGCCAGAUUCACUGAUGUGAUUAAGGAAUUUGAUAGCAUGACACCACUGGAUGCUUGGAAAACUACUCUUCUUUUGAGAGUGAAGCAAGCAGUGAAGGCCAAGGAACUGGAAGAGGAUGAUCUUACUUGAAUAUCUUUCCUCUUGCACUGCAAGGUUUUGAGUUUGUAUCGAGUAAUUGCGUUGUGUUUUAACCAUAUUGUCUUCGUGCUUGAUUGCAGUUACGCUACUCUAAUCUUUUAUUCUGCUUUUUCUUGGGUGUGUGCGCGUAAACUAUUGCUGCUGCUUUUCAUGAUGACUCAGAUAUAUGUUCAACAUGAUAAUGUUUGUUUGGACUA